AUGUCUCCAUCUGCAACUUCGGGCGGUUCCUUCUCUGGAAGUAGGAGAUCUGGAAGACCGUCGCGACGCGGACGCUACAGGCCCAACGGAGAACCCCGGUCACGACGUGGGGGAAGGAUCGACGACUCCACCGAAUUGCCUGCCGCCGGUACUGACGUUGUUCCGGCUCCGCCGCUUAUCGUGUUUCGCGACUGGCUUAGCGGCUGCGUCGGCACAAGUAGUUAUCAAACCGUCGAUGUCACAACAAGUGGAACACGAGAGCAGCCGCAGAGUUGCAUUGGGAUUCCAUCAGCACGGCGAGGUGCAAGUCCAGAAGGUGACACCGGAUUAAACCGCCAACCAGCACCACGAGCGGAAAACGACGCAAGCAGUGAGAUGUUGAAUUUGUCGAAUUUACACCCGUCCUUCCGCAGGUUCGCGCCGUUUCUUCGUACUAGCCAGGAGGCUGCGAAGGACUCGGACUCACCGGCGGAACAAGCGAACUUCGGAAAUCCACCCAGGCGCACCAUGUUGCUGCUCGCGCAGCAAGAAAACGAGCGGGGAGAAGGGCAAUCCGCUGCUGGCCCGCGCGAGGACCUCUCGUAUUCUUAUUCUUCUGGCCGCGGUGGCGGGUCUUCGUCCCACGGCCCGUAUCGAAUGAAGAAAGCGAGCUCGGGUUUCUCGCUGUCCGACUUUUUUUCCUUUUCCACGCCGCUAUCAUGAUGAUCAAACCUCCCGUGGUCCGCGUUGGCAUGUGACGCUAGCUACAGAGUCGAAUUGCAUAUGCAUUGCCAGACCGUGUCAAGAGUUAUUCCUUCAUACACUUACACUUUUUGUACUAAAGAAUGAAAUGCAUAUCCCUUUCCUUUACUAGCCUUAUCCCGCUUCCCGUGUCCAGUAACCUGCAGACUUAAUAGUAUUCCGCUAGAUGAAUAGCAGCACUCAGCGCGUCUCUGUAGAGAAUCGCUGUCGGCGCUUCAGCACAGGCAGGCCCAUCUGCCGGCGAUUUUCAAAGCGUCAGAACGGCGUCGGCACGAUCCGGCACCGGCCGGCGCGGCGGGCAGGUUGGCCUUUGCCGUCAUCUUGCACGCUGGCACCGGCGUGGCCGCGAUCUGGCGGCGGGGGGCGGGCAUGGUCGGGCACCGGCUUGGCCAGGGCCCGACAGCGGCCGGCGUUGCCAGGGUCCGGCACCGGCUUGGGCAUGAUCGGGCACCGGCACGGUCAUGCCCAUGACCUGGCACCGGCGUGGCCACGACCUGGCACCGCCUUGGCCAUGAUUUGGCUGGCACCGGCUUGGCCGCGGCCUGGCACUUGCUGCCAUGGCCAUGAUUCCGCACCGGUUUGGCUAUGCUCUGGCACAGGCAGGCAGGCAGGCUUGGCCAUGAUUCAUCUGGCACCGGCUUGGUCACGACCUGGCGCCGGCGGGCGCGGCUAGGCCAUGAUCUGGCACCGGCUUGGCUUUGUCAUGAGAUGAUCUGGCCCCGGCUUGGCCAUGACUUGGCGCCGGCUUCGGCCUGGCCACGACCUGGAACGGGCCUGGCCAUGAUCUGGCACCGGCUUGGCCAUGAUAUGGCACCGGCUUGGCCAUGGUCUGGCGUCGGCCUUGCCGCGACCUGGCACCGGGCGGCUUGGCCAUGAUCUGGCGCCGGGUUGGCUUUGAUCUUUCUCAUCAGGCGCUGGCCUGGCCAUGAUCUCUCUGGCACCCACCGGCUUGGCCACGAUCUGGCACCGGCUUGGGCAUGAUCUGGCACCGGCUCGCCCACGACCUGGCACCGGCUCGACAGGCUUUGGUCAUGAUCUGGCCCCGGCUUUGCCUCGACCUGGCACCGGCUGGCUCGGCCCUGACUUGGCACCGGCUUGGCAGGCUUUGGCCAUAAUCUGGCACCGGCUUGGCCAUGAUCUGGCACCGGAUUGGCCAUGAUCUGGCACCGGCUUGGCCAUGAUCUGGCACCGGCUUGGCCAUGAUCUGGCAUCGGCUUGGCCACGACCUGGCACCGGGCGGCUUGGCCAUGAUCUGGCACCGGCUUGGCCAUGAUGUGGCACCGGCAGGCUUGGCCAUGAUGUGGCACCGGCAGGCUGGCAGGCUUGGCCGUGAUCUGGCACCGGCGGGCUUGGCGGGCUUUGUUCGGCCGUGAUCUGGCACCGGCCUUGCCGCGACCUUGCGCCGGUUAGUUUGGCCCUGUUUGGCACCGGGUUGGCCAUGAUCUGGCACCGGCCUGGCAGGCUUCCUCUGGCCACGACCUGGCGCCGGCUCGUGCUUCGAGGUUUCGUCUCGCACGUUGCUGCCCCGCCUCGAGGCUUCGCUGCUUCGGGUCUUCGCUGCUUCUGGGCUUCGCUGCUUCGGGGCUCCGCUGCUUCGGGGCUCCGCUGCUUCGGGGCUUCGAGGCUUUGGGGCUUCGAGGCUUCGGGGCUUCGCUGCUUCGGGGUUUCGCUGCUUGCUUCGGGGCCUCGAGGCUUCGGGGCCUCGAGGCUUCGUUGCUUCGAGGCUUCGCUGCUUCGAGGUUUCGCUGCUUCGAGGUUUCGCUGCUUCGAGGCUUCGCUGCUUCGAGGCUUCGCUGCUUCGAGGCCUCGCUGCUUCGAGGCUUCGCCGCUUCGAGGCUUCGGGGCUUCGCUGCUUCGAGGCUUUGCGGCUUCGAGGCGUUGCCGCUUCGAGGCUUUGCGGCUUCGAGGCUUCGCUGCUUCGAGGCUUCGCUGCUUCGAGGCUUCGCGGCUUCGAGGCUUCGCUGCUUCGAGGCUUCGCCGCUUCGAGGCUUCGUCGCUUCGAGGCUUCGCUGCUUCGAGGCUUCGCUGCUUCGAGGCUUCGCUGCUUCGAGGCUUCGCUGCUUCGAGGCUUCGAGGCUUCGCUGCUUCGGGGCUUCGCUGCUUCGGGGCUGCGCUGCUUCGCGGCUUUGCUGCUUCGAGGCUUCGCCGCUUCGAAGCUUCGCUGCUUCGAGGUUUCGCUGCUUCGAGGCUUCGCUGCUUCGAGGCUUCGCGGCUUCGCCGCUUCCUUCGGCGUUUCGAGGCCUCAUCGUUUCGAGGCUUCGCCGCUUAGAAGCUUGGGCACUUUGUCUGCAUUUCGUUGUUGUUGUUUUUCGUUUCUAUUCUUUGUUUUUGUUUUUUAUUUUCAUUCUUUGUUUUCAUUCUUUGUUUUCGUUUUUCGUUUCUAUUCUUUGUUUUCGUUUUUCGUUUCCAUCCUUUGUUUUCGUUUUUCGUUUCCAUUCUUUGUUUCCAUUCUUUGUUUCCAUUCUUUGUUUGCGUUUUUCGUUUUCAUUCUUUGUUUUUGUUUUUCGUUUCUAUUGUUUGUUUUUAUUGCGGGAUACUAUUAAAUAAUGGGUUUUCUGACUUAUAACUAGAGAUUGCAUGUUCUCCGUCGAUCAUGGUGUUUGUAUUCCUGAUUCACUCGAGACUUGAAGCAGGCUUGACAUCAAAAUGAAGGCAUCACUCACGAUGCACGACUGAGGUUUCGGUGAUAUUAUUGUCAGCUUCACAUACUCGUAUCGUACUCGUAGUAAUGCUGCGCUUGUAGUAAUCCUAAUCCAGGGAUCAGGGGCGUUUUCAUCGUCACAGCAGGCUGGUGGGGAAGCAAAUCCGGUGGAUGACGAAAGUUACUACUACGCGGGAGCCCGUGACCUGCUGCAACGAGCGUAGAAGAUGAAGAGGUCUAUUGAACCUUGCCGAGGAAGCAAUUUGGAUAUGGAGAUUUUACCAUGGAUGCAUGUUUGCGCAGAGCGUAGUUUCUGUAUCAAAUUUAUUGUCGCACUGUUACUGUUUCUGUAGCAGUAGCUGUGUGUAGCUGUUUUACGCUGCAUGUGCGUCCGCCCUCUCUUGUCGACGAGAAAUGAAUCUUAUGGUUAAGGAGGGGAAAGCGAAAGCACAAAUGGAAAUGCAUAAGAUUGAAAAUCUGAGGUUGAACUAGAACCGAGUCCCUCAAACAACAUCGAAAUUGAUUCCGAUGAUUAUUGUUUUGGGAGUCUCGAAGCCGAAACUGGUAUACUAUGUCCUCGUUUGGCGAAAUGGAAAUUCAACAAAAGUACGUACUUAGAUGAAUCCGGUAUAUUAGUUCGUCGAAAAUGUAAAUGAACAAGAAAGAGUGCACUUUGUAUUACUUCGCACAAAAAUCAAGUCUAAGUCUAUCAUGUCCAUAUCUCUAGCAUAAUCAUAUUCGAUUCUUCUAUUUUCUAGUGUAGUAGGAGAUCUUGAUCUUCUAGACCGCGUGGUGGCGUGCUCUAUUUUGCAAAUGACUGAUGAAAUAGAAACGAGUACAAUUUUCUAGGGUGGAUCACGAAUAGCAGUAACGCUAUUCUGUGACGUGUAACAAACAGUUUCGGUUUGAAAAAUGCCACAACUACAAUGCCAUGCAAUCUUUGCUGACUUCGAAUUUUUCUUGGUACUGCGUGCUUUUGAGGUGGAAGCAACUACAUGCAGAGCAUUCACUGAUUCGACGAUCGCUUUGUGAUGAGCCGCUAUGGAGUUGAU